GCCUGCUGCGACUUUCAGUCGGCCAGCGAACGUGGUUGCGAUCACAACGUCUCAGUUCUUGGUUCUCCGUUUCAGCAGUAGCACUCAAAGAGGAGCUGAAGAAGGAUCCAGCUGCGAAAAAAGAAAAGGAAGUCGGAGAUAAUCACAGAUCGGAGAAAAGUAUUUGUUUUUCUGGGAUUUUCGGUGGAUAAAUCUCGAGUUUAACCAAAUCAGAGACGAUUUCGAAACAGAUCCGGAACGUUACGCCACGAUGCCCUGCUCGGCCGUAACCUUAUCUAUAGCGACGAUCUGCGCGAUCAUCGCCACCGCCUUGCUUGCGAUAGCCUUUUCCACGGAUAACUGGCUGCACUACGAUGUCUGGCGCAACCAAAUACAGUCCUUCGCAAGCAAACAUUCGGAUGCAGAGUCGCUGUUGCACAACAUGAAUGUAAAGUACUACUACUACACGAGGACUCGUGGUUUGUUCAGGGUCUGCUAUCCGAAGGAACGCCCGCCGGUUUCAGCGGUGCCCACUUAUCUGUCGCCUAUUGAGACGCACUGCUCGAACAUCGACUACUUCCCGCAGGCGGAAGACGAGAAGAUCGCCAACGAGGACGCCACCUCAAGACUUCACUUGGCCCGCUCCUGCAUUGCCCUGUUCAUCAUCAGCUUCGUGACUAUUUUCUGCUCCUUCUGGACCGGCCUCUCCGGCUGCUGGAAGCGGUCCUCGGGCGCCAUUACGGCCACCUCGAUCCUGCUGCUAGUCACCUGCCUCCUGGCUGCCGGCGCCAUGGGACUCUGGCACACAGUCGAGUUUUUUGAAAAGGAGAAAGUCGUCGGCGAGGACUAUUUUCAGCAGUGGAACACGGUUCUGCGCGACAACACGAAGAUUUCCUACGAUUGGUCGUACAUCGUGGCCUGGGCAGGAAUCGGUACCUGUCUCCUGGCGGCAAUCCUGCUCUCGGGAGCGGCCGUUUGUCUGCGCAACGAGCGCGAGAAAGAGGAGCAGCUGAACCUGCAGUAUUUGAUGCCUGUUUACUCGCAAAAGCAGCCGCCCUAUCCACCGUACGCCAACUAUGCCCAGCCCCAGAUCUACCCAGGACCCUACUACCACGGCUCGCAGUACGGACCCUACAACUACUAGGUGUAGCUAGUGGCGGGGAAAGUCCGAAUGAAAGCGCAGUGAAAGCCGUGAAAAACGAACAGCAGUAAAAUCACAAAUGACCAAGAGAAAACCUAGAACUUCAACAACCCUACACAGUAAUCAAAACACUUGGCGAUCAAGCAGAGCAACCGGUAACGGAAUUUUAAAUAGCAUUCGGACAAUGACAAUAAUAUACACCUUUUUUUUGACAAGAACUUAGUUUGUAGGCUAUAUAAAGCUAUAUAAAUUAUGCUUGUAUGUAUAACUGAUCGUGGGACUUGAGUCAAAUUCGCAGUCUGAGUUUUCGUCGCGCAUAAUUUUGCAAAUAUAUACAAGGAAGAUGACAAAGUAAAUGGACCGUUGUAUGUUUUGGCCACGGUCGGAAGCGAACAAAAGACAACAAUAAACGUUUAAUUUAUUGUAGCAAGUAAAGCACUUUUAGAGUAUUUAAAAAUAAUAAUAAACAAAAUAUGUAUGUACCUAAGCUAAAAGUUUCAUUGUACGAUGUACAUAUAUGAAGCAAGACAAGCUUAAAAUUGUCUUCCAUGUAUUGUGCAUAUUGUAUUUAGAGAAAUACGUUUUAUAAAUAAAAGUUUAUUAUGUUAAAAUA